GCCAGACAGGUGAGUUGGGCGCAAACCUUCAACGCGCGCGGACCUACGUAACCUUCCUCCGACAAGUGGUGCUUCGUCUAUCUCUUCCUUGUGCUUGUGACUUGUGGAGACUGAACUGAAAAUGUGACACAAAGGCCUGACAAGUCUGGAGGCCGGAGUGUGAGGCGGUGGCGGCCCAGGGAAGGCGGGGAGCCGAGGCCGAGGUGAACACUUGAACACUCUAUAACAGAAUGUGAAGGAUUUACAGCAGAAGCGCAUGAACUAAGUGGACAAGCAGCGCAGAUCAUCGGAAGAGAGGACUGGGAAGCAAGGAAGGAGGAGGGGAAAGACAGGAGACGAAAAACUGUAGCCUACUGGUCUGACGGGAGAUAAAGACCCUGACAAUAUAAAAGUGAACCACAUGGAAACGUUCUUGAUUGAAAGCUGAUACGGAGGGAGAAACAUAAUUAAAGGAUACAAAGGAGGGAAGAAUAUCAAGGUGUGAAGACCUAAGAAGUGAUUGAUUAUAAAGCGUCAGUGGUUUGAAGAAGAGGAAGAAGAAGGCGGUGGUGGUGAUGGCGGCAGCUUGGAGGUGUGUGUGGGGUGCCCGCUGGCCUGAGAAAUAUGUAGAUCACACUUAACAAGCACUGUGCCCAGCCAAGUGAAUCCACAGUGACGUAAUGAAGUGUUACAGUUAAACAAGCAAGAAAAACAACAUUAACAACUGGCCGUUACUGGAAAUAGGUUAAAACAUCAGAUAGGAGCAAGCGAUAUCGACAUGGAUUGUUUUUUCGAGUUUUGAUGCCCAGCCAAGUGCUUCCAGAGUGACGUAAUGAAUUGUUACAGUGAAAACAAGCAAGGAAAACACUAACAACUGGUUGGCACUUCAAAUAGUUUAGAACAUCAGUUAGGAGCAAACGAUAUCGACUUGGAUUAUGGUUGGAGUUUAAUUAGAACCGUAGAGGCUUUUCGAGUGCACUGUCGAGGAUUACAAGCAACAUAAGUAACGGCAAGCCAUGCAGGAGUAGCCUAUCAAUUACUGGUGAGGGGAAAACGAGCAAAGGUCAAGAAAAUAAGGUCAGACGGAUCCUAGGUAAGAGUGUGGAGGUUACACGCCCCUCAUCCUUGACCUGACCCCACCAUGACCCCAAGAGGAAUCGUACUGAAGUGGUGACACGGGCCUAGACAGACAUGCCCUCCACUACCUCCUCAGUGGACAGGUUCCACCACUACAAACGGCCAGGGUCAAGGCGUUCCAGGGUUAACUAUAACUAUAAGUACCGCCGGGCGUCAUGUCCUCUCGCCUUCGAAGAGAACUCACCGCGGCGCCUCCUAAGGUCAAGGAGCGCCGUGAUCAUGGAGGACGGGGUCAGCCUCAGCUCCGCCUCGGGGUCGGCCUCGGGUGCUGGGGGCUCGUCCUCGGCCUCCAGCAUGGCGGGGGAGGAAGUGGUGCUGCGGAUCAACGUGCCGGAGCUCAAGGUGGAGAAGUGUCUGCAGUUCCACCGUGACGACCUGGUGUGGGACGUCAAGCAGCAGGCCCUGGCGGCUCUCCCGAAGGUGGCGCUGUGGUACCGGGAACUCCGGGAGAGCUUCAACUAUGGACUCUUCUGUCCGCCCCAGAAUGGCCGCGCUGGGAAGUUUUUGGAUGAGGAGAGGCCACUAGGAGACUACCCUCUCCUUACACCUGUGGGUUAUCUAGAGCUUAAGUACAAGCGGAGAGUCUACAAAAUGCUUCACCUGGAGGAGAAGGCUCUGCGUGCACUCCACACUCGGGCAAACCUUCGGCGAUUCCUGGAGUACGUGAAGGAGAACAAUGUGGACAAGGUGUCGAAGAUGUGUGCCAAGGGAAUGGACCCCAACUUUCACUGUCAGGAAACUGGAGAAACACCGCUGACCCUUGCUGCUCGUAUCAAGAAGCCAGCACGCAUGAUUGUGGCGAUGGUGAACGGCGGUGCGCUGCUGGACUACCGCACCAGAGACGGAGUAACUGCUAUGCACAGGGCAGUCCAGGCCAGCAACUUUGAGGCUGUAAAAACACUGCUUGAUCUUGGCGCUUCACCGAAUUAUCGCGACACUCGUGGCCUGACGCCGCUCUACUACUCCGUGACCCACAACACCGACCCCUUGCUGUGUGAGGCUCUGCUGCACGACUAUGCUGUCAUCGGGGCGUCGGACAGUCAGGGCUGGCAGGAGACCCAUCAGGCCUGCCGCAACAAGAUGGUUCAGCACCUAGAACAUCUGCUCUUUUAUGGAGCUGACAUGAAUGCCCAGAAUGCCUCUGGCAACACACCGCUCCAUGUGUGUGCCGUCAACAACCUCGAAGACUGUGCCCGCGUCCUGCUGUUCCGAGGAUGCAACAAGAAUGCUAUAAACUAUGCCAAUCAGACGCCCUAUCAGGUGGCAGUCAUUGCUGGAAACAUGGACCUUGGGGAAGUGAUAAAGACCCAUAAUGAGGAUGACGUAGUGCCCUUCAAGGAACCACCAAAAUACAACCCAAACAGACGCAUCUCUGGAGUGCCUCUCUCCCGCACCCACUCUGACCCCAGACUGGAAGUGAGCACCACUACCAAGCCGCCCUCACCCUCGCCCUCCACCCGCUCCAUCCCGCCCUUCAGCUCUGCCUCCUCCCUCAGUGAGACCUCCACCGGCAGCAGCUCCACCUGCACCCACCCCAGCGAGAUGGACAGCGAGGAGUGUGCCAGCGCCCUCGGUUCAGCCAGUCUCAAUGCUGCGGGUAUGGACUGCUGUGACAUGGUGAGUGACAGUUCUGGUGUGUGCACAUCAAACAGCGGUAGUGCGGAGAGUUACGACGCCACACCCACAGAUGUUACGCAGUUUGACAUGGGCAUGCUGGUGGUGUGUCUGCAGCAGUACAUCCUACACAAGCCUGGACACCUGGACAUCAAUGCUGGUGACAUUCUGGAAGUGACUGGUAGCACGGAUGACGGUAUGCUGGAGGGGGUGCUGCGGGGGGUGACUGGGGUGUUCCCGCCUCACUGCGUCCAGGAGGUGCGGCUGCGCAACCCCCAGGCUGUGAGGGAGUCCCUGAUCGCCCCCCAGGUGGCCAGGGUGCAGGGCCGGCGGGAGAUGAUGGUGCCACCCCACUACGGCACAGCACCGAGGAUCAGGAAGCCUGUCAAUGAGCCUCGCACGGUUGUCCUUCACCGGGGCAAGAAAGGCUUUGGGUUUGUGCUGCGGGGUGCCAAGGCUACGUCGCCCCUGAUGGAGCGUCCCCAUGAGCGCGGCCCGGCCCUGCAAUACCUCGACGAUGUGGACCCCGGCGGCGUGGCGGACCUGGCAGGACUAAAGAAGGGAGAUUACUUGAUAAAGAUCAACGGCGAGGAUGUGUCCCAGGCAUCCCACGAGCAUGUUGUAACCUUGAUCCGUAAGUCUGGCGACCUGGUGCAGAUGGUGGUGGUCACGCCAAGCCCCAUGACCUCCUUCACCGCCCUUAAACCGCCGAUGGGCAACAUUGGCACAAUAAGACGUGGGUGCCAGACACUACCCCGAAAACUCCACGCAGUGCGGUCGUCCCAAGCCCCCCCAGCUCCCCCCCCAAGGGACCCCAGAACCACCCUCAGUGUGGGCCGAGCAAGGGCCAAAUCCAUGGUGGCUGGACUUCAGGAUAUUGGAACGAGUUCCUUGAGGGAACUGGACACCAAAGAAGCCCUGGAUGCCAGCAUGCGAGAGAACGGGGAUGUGAUGUCCCGUUCUGCCGGAGAGCAUUAUGGGGUGGGUCUGUAUGGCUCCCCCCAGGGCACCCCUUCCAUGGGCACUCCAGUAGGCACUCCACCAGGCCCUAAGGUUGCAUCCAUUAAGGCGCGUCCAAGCUCGAAACGCAUGACAGCAGCGGAGGUUGAGGACUUGUUCCAGCACAGCUCCUCCCCCCCCACCAGCCCCUCCUCGCGUCCACCACGAGUGUAUGCAAGUGUGGCGGAAAUGAAGAAGGCAAAGAUGACACCAAGGCGAUGCAAGUAUGCUUUCAUGCUGAGGUUCAGGGCAUCAAGUGAGAGUCCCCACUCUGACAUGGCUGUCAGGCAGUCCACCAACAAAAGCUCCUCCUCCCAGAACAACACACAUUGUCCUCCUGGUUUGCGUUUAUGUUUCCCGGCCAUGAACUUUAUAGCAGCGGCCGGCACAGCUAUGAAGGCCAGGCAUGUGGCCGAGCUCACCCGGAUGCACAAGGUGUUCCGGUCUACGCCAGACCUGAAGGCCGGGGUCACGGCGCCCCUGCCAGCUGCCACAGCCGAGGAGAAGCGCAAGUCCAUCUCCCAGGAAGAUCUGUUCAUUUCGACACUGAAUGGCCAGGGAUCACGACAUUCCCUAGCCUGUCCGCCACGCCGCUCUUCCACCCUCGGGAGGAGUCCUGUUGGCGGGGGGUCUCUCGGGUCUAGCCAAUCCUGGCAGAGUGGGGAGGAUGAUGAGGAUGACGAUGAGGAGGAGGAGGAGAGCAGUGACUCCCCUAACUGCUCCCCAGGACCCGUGGAGUACAGGAUGCUCCGGCGCUCCCAGUCAGCUGUCAAUGCUGCCAUGCUGCGCCGGGCUGGUCUCCACCCUCCCCCAACCCACCCUCCACCUCCACCACCCCUCGGCCAGCUCGUGAAGGUUGACAUCAGCCGCUCCAAGAGUGACUAUGCCACAGUGGGCGUGGCACCCUCAACCCCCGACUCUGCUCCACUGUCGCCUGCCAUCCAGUCCAGCUUCCGACCAACAGACAGUGCCAAGUUAUAUGCCUCACCAGAGGAGGUCAAGGCAGUGGGUUACCGCAGCCCAGACUCAGCGGGCCGCAAGGGCACCAGCGUCAAGACCCGGUCACAGAGCUUGCCACCGAGCACUUCCCGCCCCAGUGUCCAGCGAGGCUCCCCAGAGAGGGCCGCCCAGGCAGCCUACUCUGCCACCGCAUACUCCACCUUCCGGGGCGAGGGUCGGGAGGGCAGCAGAAGCCAGGAGCCGCUCUCUCCUCCAGCCACAGCCCCACACAGACCUCCUGUUAGUGAUUCUGUGACCUACGCACGACCCAAGAACAACCGCAGUGUUCAGGAGAAUGUUGAGACCAAUUCCCCCAGUCGUGUGGUUCCUCAAGGGGGUCGCGGCGCCCCUCCACCCUCCACCCCAGCACCUGACAUCCCUGAGCCAGACUACAGCUCCGAUGAAAACUCCUCUGCCCCGUCACUGUCCCAGGAUGAUUCCAAAAAGACGAAGACCCUCAAGAAGAAGAAACAAUCAGUAGCCUUCUCUCCCAACCUAGUGACCUCAACCGAUCCCCCAACCCCCCCUCAGCAGGACUCUGAUGGACCGCAUUAUGCUGCUCCCUCCAGAACCCCAGCACCAGCACUAGCCCCUGUGGGACCCCUUGGAGGCAAUAACUUCAGGGACAUGAUAGCACAGAAGGCAGCUGAGAGACAAGCCAGGCAAGAUGAUGGACCAGAAGGCUCACGGUCAGCCAACUCCAGCCCGGCCAAGAGAAUCAACAAUGGCAAUGGCAACGGGGCUCUUGGAGACGCCAUCCAGGAAUCUGCACUUUUCAAUCGCCAACGAGAAAAGAGUUCUCCGGCACCACAGGUGGGCCGGCCUGUCAGUGGCCCCAAUGAGGACCUCAAGAUGGGCCGCAUCAUGAGGAACUCCAAGUCCUGCCCUAAUGAGUUCUUAGAAGAUGGUGACAACUCCUCCAGCGGUGUGAGCAGUGAUCAGGACCCUGCAGAGGCCUACGUCACUGUCAUUAACACAGAGUCUGACACCAUUUCUGCCACCACCAGCGGCAACGGUGGCUCAGAAAGGUUCCUAAGCCACCAGGGGUCCCGAGAUGAUAGCUCGGAGGCCUCGGAGAGCUCAGACGAGGCCAGCGACCGCACUUGGAUCUUGACCAAUGAACGCAGCGGUGAGAGGAGUGAUUCCAGGAGUGACAGUGACUCCAACGGUGCCCGGCGCUCCGGCUCACUGACCCGCAACGCUGUGUCACUAGUCAAGCUGCCACCACCCCAAGAGACUACAGAACCUGACCUGGAGGGUGAGACAGCAAGGCAAGGUGACCAGGACACCCUCAGCACAGUGUCCUCCCUCAGUAGCCUCUCCUCAGGCUCUGGGGGCAGCGGUGGGGAGCGGGAGAGGGCACACCCACCCCUCACCCAGGCCCAGCAUUCCCUACCCACCACUACUCACCCCCAUAUGAGAGCCACCCUGCCUAGGACACCAUCAGCUGUUACUCGUGCUGCCUCGGCCCCUCCCCAGACUACUCACGGCAUGAAAACCGUGGCAGGCGGUUCCCUAACCCGCGGCCGCCCUCGGGAACAGCUCUGGAGUUCUGAAGGGGAGGGCGGGGGAAUGGUGCGAGAGAAGAGUGCACCGCCAGCCUCACGCACCCUCGAACGGCCUUACAAGGGCACCAUGAACUCGAGGGGGGCAGAGUAUGAACGCAGCAUUGAGGAGUCUCUGCAGCUGAUCCGCAUGCACAUGGACUCCCUGAAUGAGGUGAACACACUCGCUGGGGUGCCGGGGGCUGGCGGGGGAAGUGAGAUGGUACUUGCUCCCCCACCAGAGUUCUGUGACCUGUCCUUGUCAGAGCAUCACCCACGAAGGAACAAAACAGUGAUUCACAUCUCCAGUGACACCCAAGACCCGCCUGUCAGUCUGGUGUCAGGGCCAUCCAGGCACCACCACCACCACCAUCAUCACCUGCACCACCACCACCAACAACAGCAACAGCAACCACAACAGCAGCAACACCCCCAGCAACAACACCCCCAGCAACAACACCAGCACCAACUACAACAACAACAACUUCAACAGCAGCAACUACAGCAACACCAACUACAACAGCACCAGCUACAACAACAGCAGCUACAACAGCACCAACUUCAACAGCACCAACUACAACAGCACCAGCUACAGCAACACCAAAUACAGCAACACCAGCUACAACAGCAGCUACAACAGCAACAACUCCAGCAACAACUUCAACAGCAACAACAGCAGGAACAAGAAGACGACACUCCACAGUUCCGACACAAGACAUUGACCGAGUGGACCACCCGAGACACAACGGAGUGGCUGGAGAGUAUUUUUAUGCCCGAGUAUAAGGAUUCUUUUGAGGAGCAAGACAUUGACGGUCGAAAGUUGAUGGGCCUGAACAACGAUGCUCUGAUCAACCUGGGUGUGAGGCGGGUUGGUCACAGGGUCAGUAUGGAAAAGUCUCUGAAAAGGUAUAAACCCACUGAACGCAUUGAUCUUUGAUUUGAGAGUUCUUGGUGAGCCUUGUCGGUAGUGAAGGCCACCGAGAACGAGAAGACCGUUAGAUGCUCCUAUGUGCUGUUACUGGGCCAUUCAUUUUCAUACUUAAGGUUAGUGGUGGAUGUGUAUGAUUCUUGUGUUUGCUGUUUAUAAACUACAUCGAUGAAGCCCUCAGGGUCCCGAGAAUUAUUUUUUCCUGGAGACGUGUCCAUUUUUUCAUUCAUUAAUCUUCAUGAUCAUUUUCACCAGCCUUUCAUUCUUCAUUGAGUCAUUUUUGAAUGUUGAGAAGCCAUUGUGUACUAGGUGUAGUCUCUUUGCCUAAAAACGUCCAACUUGUGAACUCUUGAAACUCCAGACAAUAACUAAAAGAACUUGUAUUCCUAGUUUAAAGACAGUGAUUUUGAAUUCUCUCAAAAUCUAUUAUGUAAUUUAUAAUUACCAAUAAUUUUAAAAGCUAUAUGUGUCAUUGUAAUUAUAAUGUCUAGGGACUUUGCUUUCAAGUGCAGACUGAACUAUGGCUAUGAAGUGGUACUAACACAGAGCAUUCAGUUCCUAUAUCAAUAUUUUUCCUAAGUGUCAAAGCAGAAAAGGAACUCCAGCAUCUCCAUUUAGUAUGUUAAUCAAAAGUAUCCAUAGCAUGUGUGAAUUGGUAUUACUGCAAAUGCCAUCAGCCUGCGGGGAGUGGCUGGCCGGGUCACCGAGGUGUAUCCAUCAUUAUCUGACCCUCGGCCAGCCCUUGGAAACAUUGUGCAUGCUAGGUAGUCUUCAUUAUCCACUGUCGCCAUUGCCAAUUUUUAUACCUGUAACAUUUUAUAUAUAAAAGUAUAUACUAUAUACAUAUAUAAUAUAUAUAUAGCAUUAUGCACCAUGCUGUUGAAAGACACGUGUCCUUGUGCUGGAGAAGUGGGAAGUGUUCUUAGCUCUGGAGAAGAAAAUGAGUGCACAGACUAAGUGUUUGUACAAAAAAGGUUGUUGAUAAUGUACAUAUUACUGGAUCAUAAACCCUUCACUCAACACAGCUACAUUGUGUAUAUAUCUAUACGUAUGGUUCUCUUUGCUAGUGACUUGUCCAUUCUGUCUGCCAACUUUGUGUGUGCCAAAUGCUUCAUCGCUGUGAGGUGUGAUCAAGAGCCGAGUGAACCAAGAAUGUGUGUGUCUGUGCCAAGAAGUGUGUAAAAUUUAAGUAUUGAUAUGUUUUCAUAAUUAUGUUUGACAUAAUCAUACAAUCACAGGAUAUGGUGACUCCUUAAGUUUAAAUGCCAAAUAAGCAAUAAUAUGAUGACCCCCAUAAUGGGUAGUCUUAUGCAUUAAAUAUCUCAGACCUGGAUAAUUCUCAUGAGUGUUGCUACCCAAAUUCAUCUUUGACUGAUGGAAGAAAACUCUUGUUAACUAUCAGAUGUGUGGAAUUUUCUCUUGUGGGUUGCUCCAGGUUUGAGGAGGAAUUACUGUGCUUGGCAGCGAAGAGUUUUGAGCAUUUUCGAAAAUCUUAAUGGCAUCUGCAGUUUUGUGUGGGGGAGAGAGACAUUAGGAAGGAGAAGUGAGUGAGUGAGAGGAAGUGAGAGGUCCAAGCUUUGUGUCGUGUUGGGAGCUUGUUUGUGCGUCAGUGAUUGGGCUGUUAAGAACUAACCAAAUCGUGAACUGAGGAAAGACAAUAAUGGCUGAGCUUCUUUUCAGGUAGCUUAGAGGAGAUGACUAGUGACUGAGCAGCCUUGUGAUACUAGGCCUUUGAACUAGUUAAAAGAAAUCAAGCAAUGCUGUAAUUUUGUAUAACUAUGGUUUCUUCAGCCACGCAGAAACCCAGAUCGUUUACACCCAGCAUUAGUAGACCCAGCUACUUAUUAGUUUUGUGAAUUGCGCUUCUUAAAACAAAAGUCAAGCGAAAAAUAAUCACAGAAAGCUUGAAGAGUAAAUUAUUAAUUUUGUCUUGUAUUCAAAUCAAUAUUGAAAGAGCGCGUUCUCCUCGGUUAGCUGGCGAAAAACUGAAUCAAAUACUGUUCAUGCUAGCGCUUUAGGAGUACCUAGAGCUAACGUGCAGCAUAUUUCGCUCGACGCUUCCUUUGAUUUUCGCGCGAUGGUCGUGAGAACAUCGCGCGUGUAGCUGUCGCGGCCACCGCGUCGCGCCCAUCACUCAUUGUCCCGCUCUCAGCCACACAGGAGCUAAAUGGUGCUGACAUUUACACAGACAUUCAUUCAUUCGUUACUGGCAGGUUUAUACAUAUAUUAUUUCUUCUUGUGUUAGGAUCAGCAAGGAAUUCAUAUUUUUUUCCUCCAGCGCGGGGCGAGCUGCGCGCCGGCCGCUCCGCCCCACUCUAGUCUGUCCGCUGUAGUUAUUAUUAUUAUUUCUAGGCGGAUCUUUUUCCUAAUACAAAAUUGUUUACAAAUUUUAAUUAUUUAUCCAGAGAUAUGUAUGUGCAUCUGUGCUCAAUAAAGUUUAAUACUUUUA